AUGACUGUGACCCACACACCUUGUGGGGGAAAACUCAGAGUCAAUGCCGGGAUAACUCAAACGCUUAUGUCGUUAGGUGCACACCCAAAUCCGGAGGUGAUUCGUCUUGCAUGGAUGCUUACCGAUACAUACUUAGCCCACACAGGCGAAAGCUCCAACCGACCCUGCAGCUGCCCCUUCAAAUACCUAAUGGCUACACAACAGCAGUCGAAGUCUACUGCACCCCCUUCGGACAGCAGCACCAGAGCCAUGCUCCUCGUCGCUUCGUCUGCGACCUCUGCAUCCACUGCAGUGAUAGUUUCGUCUUCGGAUUCAGUGCCCGUGGCAACGCUCUCCGCUUUGCACUCAAACGGAAGGCCUCCGAUACAAGACUCGUCAGCGUUGGAGAUUGCGUAUAGCACUAUCUCGCCCAAGGUGGAGCAGCCGCAGUAUCCAAUGCACAUCAAACUUAAUCUCAUUGAUCAGAACCCGCUGGCCUCAAGCUUAUCGACCAAUGGUGACUUGACGUCAUGUGAAAGUCCGUACCCGAUGACUCCAAUCACUCCUGGUGGGUAUUCGUCGAGCGGUGGCGAUCUGAGCAAGAAGCAGCGCCACAACCUGCGCGAGCAGCGUCGAAUUUUACGGAUCAGCAACCAAUUCGAAAUCUUGCGUAACAAGCUUGAGGCCGCAGGAUACUCUAGUUCCAAGAAAGACAAGUACAGCGUCUUGCAGGCCACGCUUGAGUAUAUUUCCAAUCUUGAACGCAAUCAAAUUAACGGUGUAGCGCCUCAUCACCAGGUGCAGCAUCAUCUUCAACAUGCAUCGUCACACUCACAUGGUGUUGUUUCCCAUCAUCUUCCAUCGCCAUGCAAUGACUCAAACGGACGGUUGUCCAUCACGGCACCAUCCUCUAGUCAUGUUGACAGCAAAGGUCACGUAUUUAUGAUUGACAGUAUGCCAUCUCCUGUGCCAGCGCUUUCCAUACCAGGGAUGCAGCCUCAGACCUCGUACCCACUGGAAAUGGACAACAUGUAUGCGAACACCGCAAAUGGCACUUCGGCCGCUAAUGCUCUCGAAAUUGAGGGUUCAGCUGCCUCGUACCGCGACGUAUUUGCCAGUAGUAGUAUGCCUAGUCUUUUAGCGAAACUGGACGGUACUAUUGUUGAAGCAAACGCGCUUUUCUUGGAAUUGAGCUGCAAGAAUAUCGAUGAGCUUCGUCUGCAUAGCCUUUACACAAUGUGCACAGCAAUGGAUGCGCCUAAGAUGUACAAUUUGGUGGAUAAAAUUCUGUCAUGUGAAAUGGCGUCGGCACAAAGCAAGAUGAUGUGGCAUUUUUCAAGUGCGGGGGAUCGAAAGGUGUUUGUGUCCGUGUCUAUGAUUCACGACAGCAUGCACCGUCCCGCCAACCUGCACUGUAGUCUCCUACCUCUGUCAUGA